CACCCCGAACUAUGCGCGGCCGCAAGCUGGAAAUCAUGUAUGCGGGAAGUUGCGCCAAAAUUGCCGUCGGAAUCCCUUCCUCGGUCUCUCCGAUCUCCUAAGAAGAAUCCCCGGCUUGAGUUGCGCCUUUCCGAGAGGAAAUUGUGCCUCUCCUGUCUCUAUUGUUCUUCUCCAACUCCGUCGAGUGGAUCGCGAAGUUGCGCAGACCCUAAAACCCUAAAUUUUAUCCAUUGUUGGGGAGAAUUUUAUUUGAUUCUUUUCUAUUCUGGAUCCAGCGAUCGCGUUUGUUGGGCGAGUUCUUUUGCUCCAGAGGUUCGCAGUCUCUCCAGAAGAUGGCAUAGGUCGUUCAACUGAAGAAUUAGGUUUUGCUCUAUCAACUUUUUGUUCUUCGAGGAAUAGCCUCUUUCAAAAUUCAGUAUGAGUUAAGAGCUCACUAGAGCUUUACACUUUCAACUCACCUUUGGAACCUCGAAAGUAAGAGAACUAAUCUAAGCAUGGCUAGAGAGAAUAGCAGAAUUAAAAUGCGGCUUCAAAUCGAGAAUGCCCCUCGUGACAUCCUGUUCAGCAUCCUUAAAAGACUGCCCCUAAAAUCUGUGCUUCGGUUUUGCUGUGUAUCAAAGUAUUGGUUCAAUGUGAUAAUGGAUCCAGAUUUCAGGAUCCUCCACUUCUUCCAAUCACCAAGUGAGCCCACAGCACUAAUCUUAUCACAACGUAAGUUGUUGAGGGAGAAUGUAGUCAGCAUGAGUCCCCUCAACCGAAAGCAUCAUAAAGUCCAUGUAAGUGAUAAUGCCAUUAGUCAUAUGGUUGGCUCCCAUCCAUUCAACCUAGUAGGGACAUGCAAUGGCUUGCUCUGUUUCACUUCCUUCAAUCAAGGGGAGUCUAUAUAUGUUGGCAAUCCUAUCACCAGGGAACUUGUCACUCUGCCAAAACCACCUAAAAUUGCAUCUCCUGAACCAUGCACACUGGUAUAUGGGUUUGGGUUUGAUUGCUUGACAAAAAAAUAUAAGGUUGUUCGCAUAUUCUAUCCAACACCUUCGGUUCAACAAAGAUUCAUAUUCGAGAAUUUGGAAACUCACAUGACAGCCGAGGUUUACACCUUGGGUGCAACUGGUUCUUGGAAAGCAGUGCAAGGCUUUAAUCGUCAUCCCUUUGGCCAGCCAGUAUUUGCUAAUGGAGCUAUACAUUGGGUGGUUCAUCCUCGCUUUUUGCUUGGACACAGGAAUCACAGAAUCAUAUCUUUUGAUAUCAGCAAAGAUGAAUUUAUUGCCACACCACACCCCGUAUUUGCAUCUACAUUCAGCAUCGCUGAGCUGAGAGGAUGUUUAUCUGUGGCAGAUAUCAUGUCUGACCUUAUAAGGGUAUGGGUGCUAAAGGACCAUAUAACAAAUCAUUGGGAACAGGAGUACAUUGUCCCUAUAAAUCAUCCCCGUUCUCUUGAUGGGAGAUUUCCUAGGCUGAUAUCCAUCUAUGAACAAAAUGAGGUGCUGCUGAUUUGGCUUCAGGAUGGCCUUUACUCAUAUGAGCCUAGGACUUUGCGUCGGAAGAUGUUGAAGAUAUCGGGGUUCCCUACAUGGUUGGAUUGGGAGGUUUGCAGUAGUUUUAGAGGAAGCUUGGUGCCUCUUGGGGCUUAUUGUGAUAAUGGAUGUGGCGAGAAGGAUGCAGCUUAUUUUGUCAGUGACAUGGAACUUUACUCGAGGCCUAUUAGUGCUCUAGUUUGUGAACAGGAGAAUGUUGGUAGGUCUAAAGCCCUUAUUACAUGUUUUAGCAAGAAUCAGAUGUUGGUGGAUUAAGUUUGCUCUACUUCAUCAUAAUGUAUGACUGCAAAACCUUACAUGGGCUUCCUUUUUCAGUGAUAAUAUUCUGUACAUGUUUGAAAUAUGUCCUCUGAGGAUAUACAUGUUCCAAAUACAAAAUCUUGCAUUUGUAUUUCCUGUCGUUUUGCUAAAAGAAAAGAAGUAUUAAAUCUUGCAGUUUACCAUAAA